CAGCAUUAAUGUCAUCAUCAUCACAUUAUUCCGAAUUUGAUCAAUAUCGUGGUGAUUUAGACCAUAGACAAGUUGCCGAAGUUGAACGAUUAACCCGUCAAUAUCCGGAAAAUGAACGAUUAAUUUCAAGUAUACCAAGUCGUUUUUAUGAGGUAACAUUCCCAGUACAGAUACGUAAACAUGAAAAAAUGGGCAUUUCAACACGAGAUUUAUUGGCUAAUAAGACUGGUCAAGUGGAUCGCCAUUAUCAGCAUACAUCAUUUACAAUCAAAGCCUUUAAUUACAAGUUUCGCCUUGAUCUGGAGCUCAAUUCAUUUUUAUUAGCACCGAAUUUAGUACAAAAACAUUUACUACCGGAAGGUGCACAACAUAUCUCCACACAGGAAUAUGAAAACUGUUAUUACCAUGGAACAAUCAGGGAUUAUCCUGGCGCAUUGGCAGCAUUCAGUACUUGCCAUGGGAUUAGCGGAGUGAUACAUUUACAAAAUGAAACAUUUGUUAUACAUCCAUUCUAUGGUGGUGAUCUAUCGCAUCGCCAUCCACAUGUAAUAUAUCGUUAUUUUAGUCCAGAUUCAUUACGGCCAACAAAACAUACAUGUGGUAAUACACGUAUGCAUGAAUGGGGUUUUAAACAAUACCGGAAACGUCCAAUACAUUCAGUUGCAGCGGCUGCUGCACAACAAAAAGAUCUCAAUAUUGAUGAUGAUAAUAGAAAAAAUACUAGAAAACGUGAUGUACGUGCUGUAGAUAAAUUCAUUGAAUUAGCAAUCGUAUUGGAUCAAGGAAUGUUCAUAUCACGUAAUAAUAGCCGUAUGGAUGUUAUAAAUGAUGCAUUGCAAAUAAUCAACUGUGUUGAUGUUUAUUUUCGUUUAAUCAAUACACGUGUAUCGGUUGUUUAUGUUGAAACAUGGGCAAAUGGUAAUCAAAUCGAUGUUCGUGAUGAUGUAAGACAAACAUUGCUCAAUUUUAUGGAAUAUGCAUCAAGAAAAUUAUAUAAAAUUACAAUGGAUGCAGCACAUCUUUUAGUUGGUCGACCAUUUCGUUCCGGUGAAGUUGGUAUGGCUGUACCGGAUAGUAUAUGUACGGCUAAAGCUGUCGGUGUUAGUCAAGAUGCAAAUAUUUAUGAACCACAUUUAACAGCAUCAUCGGUAACACAUAUGCUUGGCCAUAAUAUCGGCAUGGGACAUGAUGAAGAAACCAAAGAUACAUUGAUCACUGCUAUUGGUACUGUUGUUGGUAAUAUGGAUCAUUCUACACAACAUGGAACAUCAGGAUCCACAUGUAAAUGUAAUGAUUGGUGGGGCUGUAUAAUGGCUAAAAAUAUUUUAAAUGAUGAUCGAAUGCAACCAUAUCAUUUUAGUAAAUGUUCAAUGGAUGAUUAUAAUAAUGCCUUACAAAUUGGCCAUGGUAUAUGUUUAUUCAAUAAACCAAAUCAAUUGGAAGAUUUUCGUUCAUGUGGUAAUGGUAUUAUUGAAGAUGAAGAAGAAUGUGAUUGUGGAUCAUUUCAAGAAUGUAGCCAAAAAGAUCCAUGCUGUGAUCCAAUCACAUGUAAAUUACGUGUUGAAGCUGAAUGUUCAAAUGGUGCUUGCUGUACUGAUUGUAAGCUAAAACCAAUGGGACAUGUAUGCCGUAUGGCUGCUGAUGAAUGCGAUCUACCUGAACGUUGUGAUGGCCAUAAUGGUGAGUGUCCACCAGAUGUUUAUAAACGAAAUGGCCAAAUAUGUAAUGAUGGCAAUGGAUUCUGUUAUAAUGGUGAAUGUCCAAUAUUGGAUAGACAAUGUUCAAUAUUAUGGGGUGAAAAUUCAAAAGCAUCAGAAUCUAUUUGUUAUAAACAAUUUAAUGCACAAGGUACAAUACGUGGUAAUUGUGGUAUGGAUACAAAUGGACAACAUUUAAAAUGUAGUGAAGAGAAUUUAAUGUGCGGUUCAUUACAAUGUCAAUUUGGUAAUCAAGUACCAUUGUUUAAAGCCAAAAAUCAGGAAUAUUCUCGUACAAUGGUCUAUACUGGUGGUAUUGAAUUUGAAUGUAAAGUUGCAAGUGGUUCAAUUCGUGAAGAUAUUAUCAAUAUGGGUCUUAUACAGGAUGGAACAAAAUGUGCCGAUAAUAAGAUUUGCAUAAAUCAAACAUGUACAUCGAUAACCUUAUUAAUGGAUACAAUAAUGGGCAGUGAUUCGUCUUCUGGUGGUAGUGUUGGUGGUGGAUGUCCAACAAAUAUUAUUGGUGAAAUUUGUUCUGGUCAUGGCCAAUGUUCAAAUAUAAAUACAUGUACAUGUGAUAUUGGUUAUAUUGGUAUCGAUUGUAAUCAUCGUUUAACUGAUGCUGAAUUAGCUUCAAUCAAUAUUGAUGAUAUAAACAACAACAACAACAACAAUAAUAAUGAUGAUUUAUUAUUACCAUCACCACCGACACCUGUCGAUCCAUCAUCAUCAUCAUCAUCAUCUGGACAGGAACCGAAUAUAAAUUUUACAACAUUCAUGGACAAUCUAUUCAGUCAGACUAGUCGUAAUAUUAAAGAAUAUGACAGUAAAAAUAGUUCAUUAUCGGCAGCACAAUCGGCAUUAAUAUUGGUUUCCAUUGUUGGCGGUGUAUUCAUAUUUUUUGCCUUAAUGGCCAUGUGUUAUCGUCGACGAAGUUUAAUGCCAGGUAAAACAGAACGUCAGAUGCUCAAAAAACAGAUGCAAAUAACCGCUUCACAUCGUGAUUCAUCAUUUACUGGUCUUCCACCAUUACCACCACAAUUAACAAGUAAUUUAACCGGUGGUAUUGGUUCAAUACCUGGUUAUCCAUCACCCGAUCAUCUAUCAUUAACUGGAUCACAAUCGAAUUCUAUACCAAGAAUUAUUAAAUUCGGUUCAAUGCCUUCAUAUCGUGAGGAUAAAAUGAUGGAAAUGAAACAACAACAAAAACAAACCACAUUGCCACCAUUACCGAUGAAUAUGCAACCAUCAAUAGGAAUAACAGGAAUGACAAUCGGUCAUUCAUCAUCAACACCAUCAUCUACGCAACAUCAUCUUUAUAUGAAAGAUAAUCGUAAAGAUUCGGCCACAUCACCGGUUGAUCCAUCAUUAAUGGAUCAAGAUGAUGAGCUUUUAUUAAUUGAUGAACAAAAUGGUGGUGGUCCAGGAUCGACUACACAUCGUUUUAUUGAAUUAUCACCAAAUAAUCUUCCAAAAUUAUCCUGUAAAGAUAAACAACAUCAUCAACAACAACAACAACGUUGGGCAUCAAUAUUAAGUCAGGCAAAUUUACCAUUUGGUGAUUUACCAGCUGCUGUAGCUGCUGCAAUGGUUUCAUCUAAUGAUUCAAUUGUAAAUCCUAUAACCGGUAGUAGUGUUGUGGGUGUACAAUCACAACAGCAACAACAAACGACUGGAUUAAUAUCGUUACCGCCACCACCACCUCCACCCCAAUCACAGCAAACAACAACAACAACAACCACAUCAACAACCGGAACAACAUUAUUACAGCAGGAACAAGAGCUACGACAUUCAAGACAUUCAUUACAUAGACAAUCAUCUACAACCGGUGAUUCAGCUGGAUCUGAAUCACCAUUAACCGAAGUGGAAAGAACAUUAAAAAGUUUAAAUGGUUAUCAUGAAGAUAUUCUUGAAGCUUUACAAACAGCUCAACGACAACAACAACAACAACAACAACAACAACACCAUGUUCGUGUAACAACAACCGGAAAUGUUAUUGUUAGUGAUAGUGUUGGUACUGUGAUUAGUGCUUCUAGUGGUGGCGGUGGUGGUGGUGUUGGUGGCAGUGGUAGUGUUUGUGGUGGAAGCGGAAAUAUAUCACCCGGUGGACCAUUAAGACAAUCAUCACAAUUAGUUACUGGUGGUAUUGGUCAUCAUCAUCAACAACAACAACAACAUCAUAGUGGACGACAUCAUCAUCAUCAUCAUCAUCAUCAUCAUAAUCUACAUGGUCAUCAUAUGAAAAAAACGUUAUAUGAUUCAGAUUAUGGUAGUGGUUUGAUGAAGAUUAAUGAACAAUUCCAAAAGGUUACGGCUGUUGUUGGUGGCGAUUUAUCAAACGAUGGUCUUCAUUGUCCAACAUCAUCAACAUCCGUAUCCGGAAGCGGUAUUCCUGGAGCAGGAAUUAGUAGUGGCACCGGUGGUGGUGGUGGUGGUGUUAGUGUUGGUAGUGGUGUGAUUGGAUCAUCAUCAACAAUAAAAAUUCGUAAUCUUGCACAUCUAUUACAACAAUUGGAUGAACUUGGUGGUGGUGGUUCAGCACCAGCUUCGGCACCUGGUGGCCUUUCAACAUCCGUUGGUGGUAAUACAGGUGCUUGCAAUAAUGGUGUUGGUGGUGGAGGAGUGUUCAAUACGCCGUUCGAAUCGUCAAUCAUUGCCCAUACAACUCCCACAACGAUUAUCACAACAAUUACUACCGCAAUUACAUCAACAACGUCGCCAACAGCAACAGCAGCACCAACAACAGCAACAACAACAACAACAUUAUUCAAUCCAUAUGACAACACCUAUGGAAACAGAACAAUUUCCACAAUUGAAUCCAUUUCCACAUCCGAUGACGAUGACAACAGCAACAACAAAUUCGAUACAACAACAACAACAACAACCAUACCAACAAACAGUACAGAACAAUUAUUGUACAUUACCACGACAAUGGCUAGAAGAAAUGGCCCGACAAUAUCAUUUUCAACAGCUAAUACAACAAACACGUGCUCAACAACAACAACAACAACAACAACAACAGCCACAGCAACAACAGCAACCACAAUCGAUAACACCACUUCCUUCAUCAAUAACGCCAACAACAACAACAACAACGACAAUGAUCGGUCAACAACAACAACAACAGCAUCAUCAGCAACAAUGAAAUCAUCACGAUUCAUAGUGACACCUGUACCGGAAGAAAUUGAUGAUAUAAUUACAACGGAAGAAGAAUUAUUGAUUGGACAAUUGAAAAAAAUGACACAGACCUCCAAUAAUAAAUCGACAACAGCGACGGCAACAAUGGAAACAAUGAUAACCACAACCAGUACAACAUCGGAUACAUCAUCCGAUACAUCAACAUUAUCUAUGGCAACAAUUUUACGGCGAAAACAACGUCGUGAAUUACGAUUACAGGAACAAUCAUUAAUGUUGGCAUUGAAACAAGAUGGUGAUGAUCAGGAUGAUGAUGAUCAUGAUCAUGAUAAUGAUGAUGAUCAUGAUCAUAAUUAUAUGCUGUAUGAUGAUGAUGACUAAA